UUCAAUGAACUGGUUGACAUACUUCCUUUUAUAUCACUGAUUUGUAGAAACUUUUAGUAUUAUGAACAGUACAAUAUGGUAUGCAUUAUAUCAAAGACAUACAGAGGAUAAUAAGUUAAGAUGUCCUCGACAUCUGUGCUGCCUUGUGACACAUGCAAAUACAGGAAAAAUGAAAAUCCUGCCGUGCAUUGGUGUUCCGAAUGUGAAGAAGGGCUGUGUGCCGAUUGUUAUACUCAUCAUACACAUUCAAAAACGUCAAGAAAACAUGGCAUCAUAACUAUUAAUGACUAUGAAAAACUUCCGGCCUUCAUUCGCGAGAAAAAGCACUAUUGCAAUGAGCAUGAUGAAAAGUAUGAAUACUUUUGCUCUGUACAUGGCACCCCAUGCUGUAAAAUAUCCUCAGAUACCGAGCACAAAAACUGCAAAGGCUUAUCUUUAAUUUGUGACAUUGCUCAUGGAGUCAAACAGUCGGCCGCAUUUUUAGAAAUGCAUUCAAUGAUCGAAAAUAUCAAACAGAAUAUGGAAACAAUCUUAAAAGAUAAAGAAAUAAACUUGAAAACAAUUCAUGAGAGUAAAGUAAAAUUUCAAAGCGAGAUCAAAGAAAUUCGAAAAAAGUUGACAAAUCUCUUUGAUACACUUGAGAGAAAAUUAUUAGAAGAACUGGAGUCUGUCGAAAAGAAAAUCAUUCAACAAUCUGAAGAUUUUAUGAAUGAGGUCACAGACGGCAAGAAUAAAGUUAUGAAAAUUCAAGAGAACAUCGAUGCAAUCAAAAUACAUGCCACAGAUUUUCAGGCAUUUGUUGGAAUGAAUGAAUUGAAAGAUGAAGUGGAAAAAAGGAAACAAUAUCUACAGAUCGUGUAUGAGGAUAGCCGGUUAGAUAGAAUCAAUAUACGUUGCAAUAUAAAUGAAAAGAUAAAAUUAUUUUUAACUGACGUACAUACAUUUGGAGAGAUUGAAGGAGAAAAAAGCUCUGCGAAGGAUCUGUUCUCGGUAUAUACUCAUGAAAUUAAAGAAACGCAUGACAAGAGUAAAGCUUCCGAGUCAAAAACUUCAAAAACACGAUCUGACCCUGUUGCAAAGGCAAAAGUAAAACGUACUCUUAUUGUUCCAGCAGGCUCAAAUAAAAAUACAAUUACAAGUUGUGCCAUUUUGCCCAAUGGUAAAUUUGCUUUUGUAGAUGGCACAUACAACCAUCGAAUAGUAAUUAUGGAUAGCACUGGCACAUCCAGUGGGGAAAUUUCGCUGUCACCGUUGUUUGCAUUUGAUGUCACAUGUAUAGACAGUAAAACAAUCGCGAUAACAACCGGAAGUAGCGGACAAAUUGCUUUUGCAAAUAUCUUGUCAAAGAAAAUUAAAAAGUCUAUUGGCACAACCUGGCAAUGCGACGGAAUAACUCAUGUAGAUGGAAAACUGAUUUUUUCUGUUUAUUCAAAGGGGAUACAUGUGUUACACUUAGACAGUGGUCAUAUUUCCACAAUUCAUAAAGCAAAUAUAACUGUCGAUACGUAUGUUACGUCACUUGGUGACAAAAUAUAUCAUACAAACUGGAAGACCAAUAGUGUGACAUGUUUCAAUAUGGAUGGCAACACAUUGUGGACAUAUGAAGAUGAUAAAGUUCUGCAAAAACCGCGAGGUAUUGCCGUUGACAGUAAACAGAACGUUUACGUAGCGUCACUGGGAACUGAAAGUAUCGUGGUUAUUUCCUCUAAUGGAAAAGAAGGACGACAGCUUCUAACUAAAAAGGAUGGAAUUGAAAAUGUCCGUGCCAUAUAUUAUGAUAAUAAUAACAAUUGCUUACUCGUAUCUACAUUAUCAGGUUCGGCAUUCCUCUUCGAACUUUAAACUCAUAUAUAUAUAUACUACAAUCUUCAACAAAAUAAAAUAUUAGAAUUUGA